UUAUCAAAGGCCGGUGCACAUUGCAUCUUCGUUUAUGACGGUGAUGGGCGCCCACUUAUCAAACGAGGAACUCGAGUUGUUGCACGCGAAUCAGACUACUACACACAUUCGAGAAAGUUGAUAAAGUAUUUCGGCUACUAUAGCCACACAGCUCCAGGUGAAGCAGAAGCAGAGCUUUCAGAUAUGUAUAAACGGGGUAUCAUUGAUAUUGUGCUCUCUAAAGACAGCGAUGUCUUUCCCCUUGGUGUUGGAUCUAUAAUGAAACUCAUC